CAGAGGACACGUCGCCGGCGCUGCUGUCGAGUCUCGCCGGAAAGCGAUCGAGGGGCAAAAUGGCAGCCCCCGAAGUGGCCACUUCGCGAGAAGCGCCGCCGCCUCCGCUGGACGUACAGCUCCCGGACUUGGUGCCGCUCUCGUUGUUUGUGGCGCUGGUCGUCGUGGCCCUCACGCUGCUGAUUUUGAAAUUUAUCCAGACCAGGAAGAGCAGUCGGAGAGCGGUGCUUCUAGUGGGCCUCUGUGACUCAGGAAAAACCCUCAUGUUUGCUAGGCUGUUAACGGCCAAUUUCCAAAAUACGCAGACUUCCAUAACAGAUAAUUCUGGCUUGUAUAGAGUUAAGAAUGAUAAGAACUCAAGUGUGACUUUAAUUGACCUUCCAGGACACAAGAGCUUGCGACUUCAGUUCUUGGACAGGUUCAAGGCUGCAGCUAGGGCGAUUGUGUUUGUUGUGGAUAGUGUAGCAUUCCAGCGGGAGAUGAAAGAUGUGGCAGAGUUCCUGUACCAGAUCCUGACUGACAGUGUGGUACUGAAAAAUGCACCACCCCUGCUAAUAGCCUGCAACAAGCAAGAUGUCACAAUGGCAAAAUCCUCCAAACUUAUACAGCAGCAGCUGGAAAAAGAACUCAAUACCUUACGUGUGACCCGCUCUGCUGCUCCCAGCACACUGGAUAGUUCAAAUUCUGGAUCUGCCUCUCAGCUUGGGAAGAAGGGCAAAGAAUUUGACUUCUCCCAACUACCCAUGAAGGUGGACUUUAUGGAAUGCAGUGCCAGAGGAAGCAAGGGAGAGGAGGGUAGUGGUGACAUCGAUGACUUGGAAAAAUGGAUAGCCAAAAUUGCUUGAGUGUAGGGAAGCAUCAAAGACAGCUACUAGAAAAUGUGUGAAUUUGAAUGGUAUGUGAAAUCUCACACAGGAAGGAUGAGUCCUGGAAGUGACCUAGGUGGGGCGGUUGAAGCCAUUGGAACUACAAUAAUGGGAAGGUCAUUCUUGCAUUCUGCUGUACUUUGGGAUGCUUUUCUGCUUGCUGGUGUUAAUGACUAUGUUAUAUUGCAGAAUUCCUCCAAAUAUACACCACAAACUGUAGUCGCUUUUCUUGUUCCCGCUCUUCUUUCAUUAUUUUUUCCUACUGUGUUUUAUCUAGGUAUGCUUUACAUGAGGAUUCUAUAUUGUAUGAAAGUUAUAAGACCAUUAUUUCAGAAAUGGAACCUCCUCCUCCUUGCUUGCCUUCCAUCCAUUGGUACCAUCAUCUGAUAUGCUUCUGUUAAAAACCUAGUUACUCAUGUGUCAUACCUUACUUCCUUUCCUUGUUUGGGAAGGAGAGCAGUGUUUUGGAAUAAAUGAAUUCUGUGAGCAUCUGUGAAAGCCGCAUGUUGCCAGAUAUUCAGACAUCUCAGUCGGAGAUGUCAGCGUCUGCUGCGUUUAGCAUUGCAUUUUCUUGCUGCUAGGUUUGUGGUUUCAGGCUUCUAUGAACUGUUCUUGAAUAACUGCUCCGGAGAGUCAAAAAAUCCAAGUUGUUGAGAAGGUUUUUGGUUCUAUUUCUAAGGCUUUUUUUCAGUCAUAGAGAAAAAUGGUAUGAUAUUGCUGAGUUGAUAUGACAGUAUUUGAAAUAUGCUUCUGGCAAACACUUCCAUAUUAAUUGGCCGAUGUGCCCAAGGAUGAGGGCCUUCCUAGCUUUAGGUAAGAACUAAUGUAAUACUCUCUUAGACUUCAGACAAUGAUAAUGUUGUGUAAUUGUUCUCCAUUCUGGUAGUUUUACUUCUUGGUGGGUUUGGGUCUUAAUAUACUAAAUGGAAAAUUGUCAGUGCCCAGGUAUCAAAAGAUGUUUCUGCUGUAAGAAUUUUGUUGUUCUAUUGUUAGAAAAGACAAAUGUUGGGACUGUGUAUCCACGCUUGGCCACCAAGCUAGAGUGAUUCUCAGGGUGACACUGAUCUAGUUUGCAAGAAAUUCUUUAUGAACAGGAAAAACGUGGCUUACAAUUAUUUUAACAUGUCACAAGAAGUAUUUGGGCUUACUUCAUGUAAUAGGAAAGAGAUGUUUGCUGCAUGUCCCAGCAGUGAAGGAAGAUGAUCAUCUGCAAACAUUUGGUAAACAUAUGCCUGCAAGUCUCAUCCAGCUGUUAUUCCUGGAUUCAGGUUUUCUAUAUGUCCACAGAUGCUGAUCUCCUUUUCAAGCACUAGUGUCCACUGCCUAUUCCAGCAGUGACACAUACAUGCAUCUCUUUCAUAUUGUGAGAAGUGUACCCAAGGUUUUAUCUGCAUACAGUAUAAUCAGUGUGUGUUAGAGACUGUUUACACAUGGACUAUUUGCCCCCUGUUUGGCCCUGUAUUGUGUUAAAUUUUUUUCUGAUUUAUGCACAGCAUCUGAUACCUUCAGUGGUGAUCUUGGCACUAUGUCGGGGUUUGCCCAAGUUUUAAUGGAUGCUGGUUUAUUGUGCCGGAACUGACUCCCGCCUUUCCUCUAUCUGCCCUAGACCUGCCCCCUGCACAUUAAUUGGCAUUAAUUGGUCUCCUCUCCCCCUUUUCUUCUCACCUCCCCUCUGCUCCUUGGGGGCGCUCAGCCCGUGUGUCACACACUGCAGUUCUCUUGCCUUGUUUUGGACAUUCUGAGGAGUGUCUCUCCAAUCAGCACCUACAUUCUGUCUAAACACUAGGUUUGCCAAAUACCAGGAGGGGCCUGGAGAUCUUACAGAAUUACAACUCGCAAGAACAGAGUUCAGUUCCCCUCUAGGAAAUGGCUGGUUUGGAAGAUGGCCUCCAUAGCAUUAUAUCCUUACAAGGUUCCUAACCUGCCCAAACCCUGCCCUCUUCAGGCUCCCACCCCCCAAAUCUCCAGGAAUCCCCCAACCUGGAGUUGGCCAGCCUACUAUACAUAUGUAAACUGAAGGUUUCUGGAUGACUUGAAAUCCAAGUAAUCUCUGCUAUGCAGUGUAAUUAUAGAUUAGUCUGCAUACAACCACAGCAAUCAGGAUCUCCCAGAACAGAAGAUGCAAAAUGAAUUAUCAAGGCUCAGCCCCAGGAGAUCCCAGAAAACUUCACAACAGAUUCUAGCUGUAGAGGACAGGAAGAUAACGGCCUUAAAUCUCUUAGGACAAGACGGUUUUAGCCUGAACUUGUAUGAGCUACAGUUGUGAGAGGAGAGAGAGAAGGAGGGAGUCUCGGGCAGGAUGUUAGCGAUUGGUUGCUUUAGCAAUUUAACAGUUGUGAAAAACAAAUUAUGUGCAAUGAGUUAAGCAUUUUCAGAGGAUCUUUUUUCCAAUCAGAACUCUUUUUCCAAUAGGGGAGCUGUGUGGACAAUUAAUAUCGGAGAGAAAUCCAACACAGAGGUGGAGGUACAUAAUGGUGAGGUGGAGGUACAUAAUCAAACAAGAACAGGCUAAAUAAAUGAGCUUUCACUUCUGAAAAGAUCAGGAGCAAGGCGAGAGUGUGAAAAGGGUUACAGUUAAUAGCAUGGCAUUUUCCCUGUUGUGGAUUGGUUGAAAAUUGGCUUUGUAUCUCAGAGCAAAUCCUGCUGUGGAUCACAGUUCACCUCAUUAACUGCUUGUUAUGUUCAUGCACGGUAGCAAGAGAUGGAUGCUCAGCCUCAGAAGAAUGUGCAUCUCACGAUGGCCGAGGCCCAAGGUCCAGGAAGCUUUGUAUGUUUUGCAUUCACAAACGCACAGGUGUAAGCAUCAAAUCUUUUCAAUUACUCUUUAAAAAUACCUGUGAAUAAAGUCAUUUACUAACUGUU